CCCAUCUAAACUAAAGCAUUAUCUAUCACGUGCAAAGAAUAACCUCCUGGGUGUGUCAGUAGCAAGCUUCACUACUAGAUCUACUGUGUCUUGUGGAAAAGAAGUCCUAAAGAGAGUACGCCUUAUCAAUAGAUAUUUAUAGGAUCAACCGAGGCUGGACAAUGGGUUGUAUUAGCUCUACCGAGAAGCCUCAAGCUAAAAGUGAGUCCGGUCGUUUCGAGUUGGAGCGAGGUCAACAAACUCAACAACCUGGCCAGCAACAACCACGCUAUAAUGAAUCAUCCCGCGGAGGGGGGCCAGCCUCGUACCCGUAUCCAGGGCAACAACAACAACCGUCGAGGGGAGGAAUAAGUGGACCAAUGGGAACGCAGAAUCCGUUUGGUCCUCGAAUGGGACAGCCGGCUAGUGGUGGUCAAGGAGGAGCCUUGUCCUUUGUAUCUCUAUACGACUACAGUGCCAGGACAGCAGAGGAUCUCAGCUUCUCUAAAGGUGAGAUCCUUCAGAUCAUUAACAACAACGAUGGAGACUGGUGGUUUGCACGCUCCCUCAAGUCGGGCAAAGAAGGUUACAUCCCUAGCAACUACGUGGCCCCUGUCAAGAGCGUCCAGGCCCAAGAGUGGUUCUUUGGUAAGAUAAAGCGUGCCGAUGCUGAGAAGAAGCUCUUGCAAGCUGGUAACCAGACAGGUACUUAUCUCAUCAGGGAGAGCGAGAGUCAACCAGGCAACUACUCUCUGUCAGUAAGGGAUGCUGAUUCUGUCAAACACUACAGGAUCAGAAAAGUGGACACCGGUGGUUUCUACAUUGCCCCUCGCUGUAUGUGCAACUCUCUAGAAGAUCUGGUUCAACACUACAAGAUCGAUUCUGAUGGUCUCUGUUGUCGACUCACUGUUAUUUGCCCCAAAUUUGACAUGCCCACAACCGUCGGUCUUUCCUACAACACUAAAGACGAGUGGGAGAUUGAACGUUCCUCGAUUCAACUCAAGAAGAAGCUCGGUGCUGGUCAGUUCGGAGAAGUGUGGGAGGGAAUAUGGAACACUACAACACCUGUGGCCGUGAAACUGCUCAAACCAAACACAAUGGCUGUCGAAGAUUACCUAGCUGAGGCCCAGAUCAUGAAGAAGCUACAACACGAGAAGUUGAUUCAACUGUACGCAGUGUGCAGUAAGACUCAACCCGUAUACAUCGUGACAGAGCUUAUGAAGAAUGGCAGUUUGCUCGAUUACUUGCAGAAGGGAGAAGGUCGCCAUCUGAAACUCCCCGAGCUUGUAGACAUUUCAGCGCAAGUAGCGAGUGGAAUGGCUUUCCUCGAAGCACAGCACUACAUUCAUAGAGAUUUGGCUGCUCGUAACGUCCUUGUGGGAGAGGGAAAUAUCGUAAAAGUGGCUGAUUUUGGUCUGGCUCGUUGUAUUGUCGAUGACGAGUACACAGCACGAGAGGGUGCAAAGUUCCCCAUCAAAUGGACGGCACCUGAAGCUGCCCUCUUCAAUCGAUUCAGCAUAAAAUCGGACGUUUGGUCAUUUGGAAUCUUUUUGGUAGAGUUGAUUACACACGGACGUGUACCUUAUCCAGGAAUGACGAAUGGUGAAGUUUUGGCCAAAGUGGAGCAGGGCUACCGAAUGCCCCCACCCCCCGGCUGCCCCGAUCCCCUGUAUCAGAUAAUGAUGGACUGUUGGAAACAAGAUCCAGAGGAGAGACCCACCUUCGAGUAUCUCAAGUACCAUCUUGAAGACUACUUCGUAUCUGCAGCGGAUGCAGCGUACAGAGUUCUGACAUAACUGUGUGUUGUUUUGUUAUAACAUUAUAUAUUAAUAAUUAUGUAUACAGUGUAGACUUCAUGACAGUUUGAACGAGGUAUGGUGUCGUUGUUUUGUCCUGUUCUCGUGUCUUUUCUUCAAAGUAAUGCCUUAAUUUCAGAAUAAUUGUGUUUAAUCACUCGCUUGUUAGUGUUGAUUGUCACCUCUUGCUAAUAUGUAAUAUUCUGCACCUUUCUUUGUUUUCUUGUUGUGUAUGUACUAUUUAUACAUGCUCACAAAGUAUUUCUUUCAUUGUCAAUAUUAAUAUAGUAUCACUAUGGACAAUUUAGUAGACUAGAACUCUUCUUUAAUAUAGUGUGUGUCUCACUCAUGCAUAUACCUGUUUCACUUUUAUUGCAAAAAAGUUCAUUAAUAAUUUGAUCA